GUAUGUCUUUCCUACUAGAGAAGAAGGAUAGUUGUGUGUUAAACUGCUGAGGAUGUUGGCCUUGUCCGGUGCUCUAUUUGCUUAUCCCCUGCAAAUUUGCAAACCCAUCAAAGCCAUCGCCUCUAAACCUUCAAACUUUUCUCUCUCAUCUUCCAUUUCUCCUCGCUACCAUCUUGAUAGCCCUUUUGUUCCCGAGGUUGAAAAUGCAGUGGCUUCACUGCACUCAGAGUUCAGGUACAUUGAUAAUGUGGUAGCACAUAAUACUUCCCGUGUUCUAAAGGCCUAUCAAAAUGCUCAUGUUGGAUCUCAUUUUUUUGCUGGGUGCACUGGAUAUGGGCAUGAUGAAGCUGGAGGACGUGAAGGACUAGACCAAGCGUUUGCUGAAAUUUUUGGUGCCGAGUCUGCUAUUGUCCGUUCUCAUGUAAUAGUUUUCCCUUUGUCUCUAAUCUCUAUACUUUUUGGUUCUUGUUCCCUUUACUUGUCCUUAUUGUUGUUUAUUCAGUUUUUCUCAGGCACCCAUGCUAUCACUUGUGCCUUGUUUGCUAUGUUGAGACCAGGUGAUGAGCUUCUGGCAGUUGCUGGUGCUCCAUACGACACUUUGGAGGAAGUCAUUGGAAAGCGAGACUGCAAUGGGCUUGGCUCCCUGACAGAUUUUGGAGUCAAAUAUCGAGAACUUGAACUUGCUGAGGGUGGUGGACUUGAUUGGAAUGGAUUGGCAAGUGCCGUGACUCCUCAAACAAGAUGUGCACUCAUACAAAGAUCAUGUGGUUAUUCAUGGCGAUGUAGUUUAAGUGUCAAUGAGAUAGGGAGAGCUAUAAAAAUGAUUAAGAUACAGAAUCCAAACUGUCUGGUCAUGGUGGAUAAUUGUUAUGGUGAAUUCGUGGACACAAUCGAACCCCCAAUGGUGGAUGCAGAUUUGAUUGCUGGAAGUUUGAUAAAAAACCCCGGAGGGACAAUUGCACCAUGUGGUGGUUAUGUUGCUGGGAGGGAAAAAUGGGUAAAAGCAGCAGCAGCUCGUUUGUCUGCUCCAGGACUUGGAGUUGAUUGUGGCUCAACUCCUGGUCACGUCAUGCGAAGUUUCUUUCAGGGAUUGUUCCUAUCACCUCAGAUGGUUGGGGAAGCCAUCAAGGGUUCGCUUUUAAUUGCUGAGGUUAUGUCAUUAAAAGGAUUCAAGGUUCAGCCGCAUCCUCGAGUUCCUAGGAAUGACACAGUACAGGCCGUACAGCUUGGAAGUCGAGAACGUCUCAUUGCAUUUUGUCAGGCUGUGCAGAAAAGUUCUCCUGUUAGUUCCUUUACUAAACCAGUGCCUGGAGCAACUGCUGGAUAUGCAUCAGAGGUGAUCUUUGCUGAUGGAACCUUCAUUGAUGGUAGUACAAGUGAGCUGUCCUGUGAUGGACCACUGAGGGAGCCAUAUGCCGUAUUCUGUCAGGGCGGUACACACUGGACUCAGUGGGGAUUGAUUCUGGGAGAGGUCCUUAAAUCCAUAUAGUAGGAGCAGAGAUAGCUGUAGCAUUUUCUUCCAGUUAUCAACAGUCAAAUUCAUGGAUACUCAUACCGUCAUACGAGCAAAUUCGUGCCAGGAAUAAUUACUCUUGCAGUGAGAAGAACGAAAAGUGCAAAUUUUGACAUUGUCCUUUCUUUGAAGCAAGUUACGGGAGUACUCGUGAUUGACUAUUUAGAAUAGAAAUUGGUUAAUGGUUAAUGCUUGCUCGAUAGCCGUCAUAGUAAUCAUGAUGCCCAAAGUUCUGCACUUUUGCCUCUUAAUUAGGUGACAUUGUGAAUCGUGAUAAUCUGUUGCUCUGGGGCCAAAGGAAUGCUGCAGUCCUGUCUGAUCAACUGUUAAUGUCAACUGAUCAUCUUCAACCAAGGAAGAACCACAAGUUUCUCUUGGCCUAAUUCUCAUUGAAUAGAAAUCAGAUCAUUUAUUUUUGUAGAUUUAGUAUUACAGAGACUCGGCGUGGAGUAUAGAGGAAGUGACAUAUUUCCUUGUAGAAUCAGCUUGAAACUACAGGUUCCUGUAAAUUUUUUGGUAGAGUUUGGUAUAUACAGCUUUAUGAAACAA